AUGCCAUCAUUACUCGAUAUUGGUAAACUAACUGUGAGAUGGGCGUCGAAAUACUCCAUACCUUUCGUAACCAAAAGCGGAGGUCACAGUGCAUGGUCUACUAUUGAAAGUAACGGCAUUAUCAUUGACUUGAGUUUAUACAAGGGUAUAGAGGUGUACACAGAGUCUGGAAGAGCAAUCAUUAAAGGGAGUACUCUCUCUAAAGAAGUAGCAGUAACUCUUGCGGAAGCUGGGUUCUUCACUGCUUCGGGAAACGGUGACACAGUGGGUGCUAUCCCAUACUUUCUUGGUGGUGGUUGUUUCAUUACUUCAUCUAUUACUGGUCCUGGAUCAGAUCAAAUUAUCUCGGCUCGUGUCAUAACAGCAAAGGGAAAAUUGAUCAAUGUCAUUGACGACACAUAUCCGGAUCUACUUUACGCCAUACGCGGAGUUGGACAACAUCUCGGUAUCGUAACGCAGCUCGUCAUCAAGAUUCAUCUUUUGAAGAAUCUUGGAAACGAUGACGGUGCUACUUGGGUUGGAAGUUUUGUCUUCCCACUUGAUCGUGCAUGUGAAGUGACUUCUGUCAUGAAAAAUUUAAUGAACAAUGACCAAUAUGCAAUGGCUGGUCUCAUGAUGAUCAUGGCUCCACCCCGGCAAGAGUUCCAUGUUUGGUUGUUGCGGCUCGUUACACUAGGAAUCCCGACGAUGCGGCAUUAG